GCUGAGCGGAGGCCAGAAAGCCGCACUGUGCCGGUCCAGGGCGUGACGCCAGCCGGCAGCGGAACUACCACUCCCGGCGGGUAGCGCGUCGCGCGCCGGAGCGCUGGCCUCCCGAGCCCGGUCGUGUGGCCCGCGGGGGGCUGGAGUCUUAACGACACGCGCUCGCGAAGGAGCGGAAGGUGGGAAAGGGGCGGCAAACGCACGCCCCUACGAAACGGGUUUGCUAGUCCUUGUCGAGUGUUAGAUUCCUGUGGCCUUUUAAAUUAUUGAAUAAUGAUGGAUAUGGAUCCAAAAUAAUAAAUGACUUCUCUACUGAAACAAUAGAAGAUUCUUCACAUCACCUUCCAGUAGCUCAAUUUCAGUCUUCAGGAAAGGGCAAAACAAGUGAAAUACAGAAAACUGCAGAGAAGAAAACCUCACUUUGGAACUGUCUUUCUCCUUGACUACUCCUUAACCCCCAUCUUUCUACUUGUUUCAAUUUUGCUGUGAGUUUAUAAAUAGUGAAGACCAAAGAAAUAGAAGAUACAUUUGGGAGCUUUAUACCAAGAAAUUUGCCUUGAAAGCUGCUAUUCUUUGGAGGGAAAAGAACUAGGUAGUUUAAGAUGAGCAAUUGAGGGGACUGAGAGAGUGAUCCACACAGAGCCUGGCUUCUUUGUGCUUCAUCAUAAGGUGUGCUGCUGGUCAGCCUUAUUAAGCACCCUUCUAACGAGAACCUCGUGGGAAAUCCAGCUGGCAGACUCAAGGAGUUCAGGAAACAGGACCACAGAGGUUACACUCUGGGAUCCUGGCCAUGAGGUUGAUGCCUCACCUUGCUGAAAAGAGACACUGGACCUAAAUGGCGCAGCAUGACUUUGUUCCUGCUUGGCUAAAUUUUUCAACACCACAGGCAGUUAAGUCACCUACAGCCACCUUUGAAAAACACGGAGAGCACCUACCCCGAGGAGAUGGUAGAUUUGGAGUAAGCCGUCGUCGACAUAAUUCCUCUGAUGGCUUUUUUAACAAUGGACCUCUACGAACUACAGGAGAUUCCUGGCACCAGCCCUCCCUGUUUCGCCAUGAUUCUGUGGACUCGGGUGUCUCUAAGGGAGCAUAUGCUGGAAUCACAGGAAACCUAUCUGGUUGGCAUGGCUCUUCCCGUGGUCAUGAUGGCAUGAACCAGCGUAGUGGGGGUGGCGCAGGAAACCAUCGCCACUGGAAUGGCAGCUUUCACUCCAGGAAAGGCUGUGCCUUUCAGGAAAAGCCACCUGCAGAGAUUAUGGAAGAAAGGAAAGAAGACAAGGUGGAAAAGUUGCAGUUUGAAGAGGAAGACUUUCCUUCCUUGAAUCCAGAAGCUGGCAAACAGAAUCAGCCAUGCAGACCUAUUGGGACCCCUUCUGGAGUGUGGGAAAACCCACCUGGUGCCAAACAACCCUCCAAAAUGCUAGCUAUCAAAAAAGUUUCCAAAGAAGAUCCUGCUGCUGCCUUCUCUGCUGCAUUCACCUCACCAGGAUCUCACUAUGCAAAUGGGAACAAAUUGUCCAACAUGGUUCCAAGUGUCUAUAAGAACCUGGUUCCUAAGCCUGCACCACCUCCUUCCAAGCCCAGUGCAUGGAAAGCUAACAGAAUGGAACACAAAUCAGGAUCCCUUUCCUCUAGCCGGGAGUCUGCUUUUACCAGUCCAAUCUCUGUUACCAAACCAGUAGUACUGGCUGGUGGUGCAGUUUUAAGCUCUCCCAAAGAGAGUCCCUCCAGCACCACUCCUCCCAUUGAGAUCAGCUCCUCUCGUCUGACCAAGUUGACCCGCCGAACCACCGACAGGAAAAGCGAGUUUCUGAAGACUCUGAAGGAUGACCGGAAUGGAGACUUCUCAGAGAACAGAGACUGUGACAAGCUGGAGGAUUUGGAGGACAACAGCACACCUGAACCAAAGGAAAAUGGAGAGGAAGGCUGUCAUCAGCAUGGUCUCCCUCUCCCUGUAGAGGAGGGAGGGGAGGUCCUCUCACACUCACUGGAAGCAGAGCACAGGUUAUUGAAAGCAAUGGGAUGGCAGGAGUAUCCUGAAAAUGAUGAGAAUUACCUUCCCCUCACAGAGGAUGAGCUUAAAGAGUUCCAUAUGAAGACAGAGCAGCUGAGAAGAAAUGGCUUUGGGAAGAAUGGCUUCUUGCAAAGCCGCACUUCUAGCCUGUUCUCCCCUUGGAGAAGCACGUGCAAAGCAGAGUUUGAGGAUUCAGACACAGAAACCAGUAGCAGUGAAACAUCAGAUGACGAUGCCUGGAAGUAGGCACAUAAAUGUUCACAGUUAAAUCUGACCCAUAAACUCAGCUUGUGUGCUCACGGAGAAUACAAAAAAAAAAAUCUUUUCCUUUCAUGUUGUUGUUGUUGAAUAUUUCAUGCACAAGGGAAAUAAUCAUAUCCCAAAGAGAGAGCGAUUGGCUUGUUUAGUUUUUGUUGUUUUUCUUUCCUGUUAUUUGCUUAGUAGAGAAAAUUUGUGUGGUGAGAAAUAUUUUUAAAAUACACACACAGUAUAUAUGGGGCGAUGCACAAGUGGGAGCUGACAGUGCAGAGAGGAGGAGACACUGGUCUGCAGCAAUAGCUUCCACCAGCCCUUGGGGCACUCACCCCUGUGCUCAAGCAAUCAUUGUCAAUGACAAAGUGACUAUUGAAGUUAUAAUUGUAUUAAAUUAAUGCUAAUAAUUUGGAUAUUUUAUUUUAUUUUUGGCUGCUCGGGUAACGUUAGCCCUUAACCAAGCAAUGUGGGGGGUUUUUUUGUUUGUUUGUUUCUUUUUUUUCUUUUUGGGUACAGCUGUAAAAUAUUUGGAUAUAGGAAAUGUGUUAUUCUUGCAGCCUUGAUAUUCAGGGUGGAUUGUAAAAUAUAAAUUUUUGUGAGAUUUCAAAGAUUAAGAUUAUUUUGAUAACAUUAUUUACAGAUUUAAAAGAUGUGGUUAUCACAAGUCUUGAGGGGGAAACUACUGCAUAAAAUAACUAACUUGGAAUAAAUAUUUUGCAUCAGUUUGGA